ACCGUCGCGCCGUGGAAGUGGAUGUUUUGGUGAGGAAAAUACGGUGUCGAAAAGGGACGCAAAUACCUUCAAAACAUGACAUAACGACCGAGUGGGACCUAAAGCGUCGUAGCAGGGAUAUUAAGGGCGUCUUCGAGGAAGGUUUCGGGUUAAUAUUUGCAUCGUAAUUCCUCCGCAUGUCCGCUUUCUUCGUACAUGGUCUCCGGCGAGCGUUGUCUGGCGGCGGACGACGAGUUGUCGACGAAUAACAAUAAUAUGAAGGAGAUGAUCGGCGGGUGCUGUGUUUGCUCCGACGAGAGAGGCUGGGCGGAAAACCCUCUGGUGUACUGCGACGGACACGGCUGCAAUGUCGCCGUGCAUCAAGCAUGCUACGGCAUCGUGCAGGUGCCCACAGGUCCUUGGUUUUGCAGAAAGUGUGAAUCUCAGGAGAGAGCAGCUCGUGUGAGAUGUGAGCUGUGUCCACACAAAGACGGAGCGCUCAAGAGGACAGACAACGGAGGCUGGGCCCAUGUAGUUUGUGCCCUUUACAUACCUGAAGUGGAGUUCGCCAAUGUCUCGACUAUGGAGCCAAUCGUACUCCAGUCUGUGCCACAUGAUCGCUACAACAAGACAUGUUAUAUUUGUGAGGACCAGGGCAGAGAGAGCAAAGCAGCUUCUGGAGCCUGCAUGACCUGCAACAAACAUGGCUGCAGGCAGGCGUUCCAUGUCACAUGUGCCCAGUUUGCGGGGUUGUUAUGUGAGGAACAAGGAUCCGACGCAGACAAUGUCAAGUACUGUGGAUAUUGCAAAUACCACCACAGCAAAUUGCGAAGGAGCAGGGGCCGCACUAGUAUGUCUCAAAGCUUAAGUGACUCUUCCUCUCUGUGUAUGGAUAGACCUCCAGACACGGACAAGAAGAAACACAAGGAGCGGGACAGGCACAAACCGAGACACAAGAAGAUCUCCAUGGACAUGUCGCCCUCCCUCGUCCUUCCUAACAUCAUGGUCCCAGACAAGACCUACAACAGCACUAGCGCAGCGGGAGGAGGAGGACCCGCCUCUCUGCCGGCCUCCUCGCAGAAGCGACUGGACGACGGCACCGCCCGCUUCACGACCGCCAACUUCCAAGAAGUGUCGUCCGCCCUCUCCGGCGGCGGUCCCAAAGACGGCUUGGCCCCCGAUGCCGGGAAGGUGGCGUCCGAGGCGAAGAACAAGAAGAACAGCGGCGCGACCCACACUGUGGGACAGAGGGGUGGCCGCAAGUCUCUCACCUCCUCAGGGAAACCCCUCGCCUCCGCCGUGGUAACCAUGGCAACCUCCUCCACAUCUGCCUCUGCUUCCACUGGGCCUUUCCACCAAGGCCUCCUGUUGACCAGUGCCAGCAAGACGCCCUCUGCCCCCUCCUCCUCAGACUUCCUCAGUUUCUCAGAUCCAUCGUUGCGUUCGGGGGGCGGGACUACCUUCUCCUCCCCGCCAUCUUUCAGCAGCUGCCUUGUGAAGCCGAGCUCGGAGGGCGGAGCUUCAGAGGGAACUACGACACUCUUCGGCUCUCUGAUGUCCGCCACGACGGCUUCUGCAGUGGGCGGGAAGCUGUAUGAGAAUUCCCACAGUCACACAGCCAGCGAGACGACAAGCCUCGGUGGGUCCGCCGGCUACAAACGGCCCCAACCCUCCAGCUCAGCGCCGGGGAUCGGAGGAGCGGCGGCAGGAGGAGGGGAUGAUGGGGUGAAGAAGAAAAAGAAGGGCAACUGGCGAAACAGAUUUGGACCUUGCUUCACCAAGGAUGUGAAGCCUCCGGAGCCGGCUCCCUCCCUGAAUCUCCCCACCUCCUCCACGGCCAACACCCCCUCCUCCUCCUCCUCCACCGCCUCCCCAUCCUCCUCUUCGUCCUCGACGCUCACGGGCCGGCCGGGCUUAGUAUCCAGCAGUGGAUUAGGAGUGGGGGUGGGAGGAGGAGGAGGAGGAGGAGGAGGAGGAGAGAGGGGGCUGGGAGUCAUGGGUGUCAGCGGUGGGAUUCAGAAGUCCCCGUCGCUCCUCAGGAAUGGGAGUUUGCAGAGCAACAGCAGCUCCACGACCACUGGGCCAGGUGUUUUCUCUGGUGCCGAUGGGUCAUCGGCGGGGAUGGGAGCCGUCGCCAUUGGCGGAGCCAGCUCCGAGUUGUCACAGCAACCGCAACCCACACCUUCGCUAGCCCCUCCCUCUCCAUUCACUGCCACCGCACCGCUAACCAGCACAGCCUCCCCACACGUGAGCGGGCUGCCAGGGUCCGUCUUCAACCUCGCCCCCUCGCACAUGUUCGGCAACAGGCUGAAUCCCAACUCGGCCAUGGCGGCCCUCAUCGCCCAGUCCGAGGCCUCACCAGCAGAUCAGGAGGUGGGAGACGGCAGCAGCGGCGUCGGAGCUCAGGGCUUCUCCAUAAGAGCUUCUCCCAAGACCACCCCGCGCUCUCCCAUUGGUGGCCUGCAGAUCCGCUAUGACUCCUCGGGGUCGUUGCCUGGGCCGGGGCUGGGGUUGCUAGGGGCGGGGGGAGGCGGCGGCGAGACGCUGCCCCCGGUGGCCACCAGCAUAGAGCAGCUCCUGGAGAGGCAGUGGAACGAAGGGCAGAGCUUCCUGCUGCAGCAGGGAGCGCAGGGAGACGUGCUGGGCAUGUUGAAGUCCCUCCACCAGCUGCAGGAGGAGAACAGGAAGCUGGAGGAGCAGAUUAAAAGUCUGACCAUGAAGAAAGAGAGACUGCAGCUUCUCAGCGCUCAGCUAUCAGUGCCUUUCACCUCCACCACGGCCUCCUCUGAUGUGAAAGGAAGCCAGCUCGGAGUCACUGACUCAUCUUUACCUGUGGCAGCUCAGGACGGUGCGUCAUGUGGCGGCCACAGCAGCAGUGGCUCCACCUCCUCUCUCUCCACGCCUCCCUCCGUCUCCCAGAGCCCGCCGCAGCUAAACGGCGUCGCCGCCGUUGGAGCGCAACCAGCAAGGCUCGGCGGGGUGGCGGGGCUGAUGGGCGCUCUGGGUGCAGGCAGUGCACUGGGCAUGGGGGGGAUAGUUGGGUCACUGAACGGGGUGAUCCAGACGCCGGCGGGCACCGCCAGCCCUCACGCACACACUACAGGAGCAGCUACGGGCGUCGCGAUGCCCGUUAAUAGCUCGGCAACUAGUAAGAACAGCGCUGCGCGGCUCGGCCUGCUGUCUGAGCAGCACAGACUCCUCCUGCAGCAGCAUCAGCUCCAGCAGCUGCUGUCCUCACAACCUACAGCGGAGCAGCAGCAGGUGUUGCUCUACCAACUGAUGCAGCAGCAGCAGGACCUCCAGCAGCUGCAAUCCCUCUCCUCCUCCGCCCAGAUCCCCUCCAUGCCGCUCUCCUCCGCUCAGCUGCCCAUCAACAACCUGCUGCCGGGCGCCCAGGGCCAGGGCCAAGGCGCCAUCACCGCCAACCCCUUCCUGGCGAUGCAGCACGCACACGCUGACACACACGCCUCGGGGGCACAGAAGCCGCGGCUAGCCGAGAAGGCCGUGGGCGUCGCGGGGCAAGAGAAGACAUGACGGCAGAUGCUCUUUAUGUUUUUGGUUGCUGUUGUUUUUUCUUUUAAAUAAAUAUGCAGAGUCUUCGGGAGAUCAGCCUUUUGGUCAACUUUGUGGUUCGGUGAUGAGAACAUUGGCAGCAGAGAAAUCUGCGUUCCUGGUAGAUUAUUCUAUCCAGCGGUCCGUGCUAAUACAUUAGCAUGCACUACGGCGACCUCGUCAGGUUUAUUUUUUGCAACUUUUUUCAGGUUACAGUCUUAACACAACAUUUUGUCUUCAUUUGUACUAUUUAUGUCCAUUCAAUUUUAUGUUUUUUUUAGCUUUAGUGCUGCUUCAGGUUUUUAUUUGAUCACUGUUGAUAUGAUUUUCAUUUGAUAUCACUGAACUUAGUGUGUUAGUGUCGGUAAAUACAUGGUGUGUUUGAUCUCUCAACAACUGAGUUGACUAACAGGUCAGCCUUUUUCUUCAAUUUCUCUCAAUAUGUUCUUCAUCCUGCUUCUUCACAUUCAUUCGAUCUCUUGUUGCUGUGUCAUCUUUUUUCUUUGCAUCAUUUCCUUCGUCUCCACAUUUCUCUCACUGCUUCUCCAUCCUCCACGCUAACAUCCCUCUGGGUCUGGUCUCUCUGCUGUCUCACUCUCUCAGGGGCCUCAGCUUAAAUCAGCACACGAGCUAGCGCACACAGAACUAUAAAAAAAACUAGCAGAAAUACAUGUAUAUGAAAAAAAGAAACUACAAUUCCCCACCACAGGACUUAACAGUAGCAGAUGCAUGUUUGACAUGUGUCUCGCAGCGAUCCCGAGGGGAAUAUAUUGGGCGAGAGGCUUGUGAAAAUAUCCCAUAUGUUCUCGCUGUUGCUGCCUCUCUCCCCCAGUGUCUUUCACUCCAGUUUGUGUAGAUCCCUUAAUGUCAGUGGAGCCAAGCCUCGUACAGUCACCGCAGAAGCCUUGCUUUUGACUGUCUCUUCUCUGGGCCAGAUACAGGGGGCUCACUCAGGGAAGUGAAAUGUAAAAGUUGAAUGUUCAGAGGGAUGCAUGAAUCCACACGGCACAGACUCCCAAAGAGAAAUUAUGCAGUUGGUUGUCAGCACGUGGAAGUCAUUACAUUUCAUCUUCCUGAUUGAGCCCCCCGCUGCACCUACCUCUCGAGCAGGACCAGCCUAUCAGGACCUAAAAACCCACAACAGUGAGGACUGGCCAAUCAGUGUCCAAACCCAAAAGUGCCUGAGGCCAAGGGGGGGUGGGGGGGGGAAGAAGGCGGGAUUUGUUUUCCUUUUACCUGUGUCCCUGUCACUCAGCCCAAUUCUUCACAAUGCUACUGGUAAUUAAGCUGCGUUGCUACGGCAACAGAUUACAAAAAAAGACUGGCGGUCUCUUUAUUAAAACCAGGAAAUAUUAUUCUGCUGCAUUCUCUAAUAUCAAAGCCAACUUUGUAUUGUGCUUUUUAUUUAUUGGGAGUUUGUUUGUGUAAUGGGCAUAAGAUGAUAUAUUUUAAAAAGCCUGCUGGUGUUGCAACUUAACAUUUUGUACUACUGUGUAAAGUUUUGUUUGUUUGUUUCUCCCCUCAUACAGUUGAAUCUUGCUGUAAACCCGUUUAAUGACUUCUACUCUGUGUUGUGUUUUGAAAGCUUGAAGCUACUUGGCUGAUUGGGGGGGCGGGGGGGGUGGGGGUGGCUGUAUAUAGCUGUUUGUAGGGGGGAGGAAGUGUGUCAUGGGGGCGUUCAGUGGCACAGUUUCUACCUCGUUAAGUGUACAUAAAGCUUUCUCAUUGGCCCGUUGGUGUACAUAAGUGAUUGUGAUUAGCCGUGCUGGUGUGAAGGAAAGCCAAUGAAGCCUCAAUUUGUGUGCGUGAAUCUUUAGGACCAGACAAAAAAAAAAGGUUGACAGUGACUGGACACAAAGUAUUAAUUUAUUUUUAUAUGUGCAGGGACAUUGUGUUUCUUUUUUUUUUUUUUAAGUUUUGCACCGUUUUCUUGAUAAGUCAUUUUAUACUUGGCACCGUGUUUUCAUCUGUGCACACAUUUGUUUGGAUCAGUUUUGUACAAGUGGAAAAUAAUGAGGGGGGGUGGAGUAAAAAAAUAAAUCUAACAUUGUAUUUCAAAACACCAAAAUAAAGAAACACUCUGGAUAAAUUAA